AUGGCUAGCCAUCUUCGACUUACACCUCUACUCUUUCCUCUAUUAUUCGGCCUAAGCCUAAUCCAAAUCUCUGACGCCGGUGGCAUUGCCAUUUAUUGGGGUCAAGGUGGCAACAAGGGAACUCUAAUUCAAACCUGUGCCACUGGACGAUAUAAGUAUGUAAACAUAGCCUUUCUCAACAAAUUUGGUAGCGGUCGAAAGCCAGAAAUCAACCUUGCGAAUCAUUGUAACCCAGCUUCCAAUGGAUGUAGAGUUGUUAGCAAUGGCAUUAGAUAUUGCAAAAGGCCUGGAGUCAAGGUAAUGCUCUCCAUAGGAGGUGGAAUUGGAAGUUACUCUCUGUCUUCUGCUAAGGAUGCACAAAACACAGCACGCUAUUUGUGGAACAAUUUCUUGGGUGGCAAGUCACCAUCACGCCCAUUAGGAGAUGCCAUAGACUUCGCUAUAGAGCUUGGCUCAAAAAAAUAUUGGAAUAACCUUGCACAGUACCUAAAGGCAUAUAGCAAGCCGGGAAGAAGUUUGUACUUAAGCGCAGCUCCCCAAUGUCCAUUACCUGAUAGAUUUCUUGGUGCCGCCCUUAACACAGGCCUUUUUGACUAUGUUUGGGUUCAAUUCUAUAAUAAUGCUCAAUGUCAAUACAGUUCAGGUAACAUCAACAGACUUAUUAGUUCAUGGAACCGAUGGACUAAUUCAAUGAAGGCCGGGAAGUUAUUUUUGGGUUUAUCGGCAGCUCCACAGGCAGCCGGAAGUGGGUAUGUUCCACCUAAUGUGCUCACUUCUCGAAUUCUUCCUAUCGUUAAGAGGUCGUCUAAGUAUGGAGGGGUGAUGCUUUGGUCAAAAUAUUAUGAUAAUAGGACUGGAUAUAGUUCUAGAAUUGUAAGAAAUGUAUGA